CAACCCGCUACUGAUUGGACUAUUUUCCUACGGUCCACGAUUCGAAUUUAUCGGGACAUUUCGGGGUUGAUAAAACUCUGAAGGCGUUGCAGCGGUUUUAUUACUGGCGAGAUAUGGUGAUGGACGUGCAGUAUUACGUGGCCGCGUGUCCGAUAUGCCAGCGAAUGAAAUCAUCACAUCAGCGACCGACAGGACUGUUGCAGCCCCUCGAGCCACCUCAACGCACAUGGCAAUACGUGACGAUGGAUUUCGUCACAGGUCUACCGGCCGGAUCUAGCGAAAACGACGCAGUUUUUGUGGUUGUCGACCGAUUGACAAAAAUGACGCAUUUCGCACCAUGUCGUACAACCAUCACAGCCGAAGAAACUGCACGAUUGUUCAUCUCGACCGUUGUUCGUGUACACGGGAUACCAGCAACAAUCAUCAGCAAUCGCGAUCCGAAGUUCACGUUGAAAUUUUGGCAAGACAUGAGGGCUCGGUACGGCACGCGCCUGCAAUUCUCAUCCGCUUAUCAUCCCCAAACGGAUGGUCAGACAGAGAGCACAAAUCAAACGAUAGAGCAGCUGAUUCGGACAAACUGUUCUGACCGAAACAAAUGGGAGGACGCGCUUCCCAUGUUGGAAUUUUCCUACAACAACGUGCCCUCAGCUACGACUAAUCACUCCCCGUUUUACCUCAAUUACGGGAUGGACCCGAUAGUACGUAUCUCUACCAACGUUGAGACUCAAGUACCACGGUCGCAGCAGUUCGUCGAAGAGUUACAGACUGCCUGAGACAAAGCUGUCGAACUGAUCCGCAA